CCCAAAUACAGUCCUUGAUGGUUUAUCACUGGCCGAAAUGUUAAGUCUUCCUGGUAGCACGGCUCACAAACGUGAGCCUUCUGUUCCUCAUGAGGUUAAGGAAACAUUAGAUGCUACUGUGACAGAAACCCAAGAUGGUGAACGUUGUCUAAAUAACUAUAUUUUGAGAGAGGUUAUUGGCCGAGGGGCUUAUGGUACUGUAAUUCAGGCUAUAGAAAAAGACACUAAUGCGCAUUAUGCUAUAAAAGAAUUCAGUAAGGCCAGACUUCGAAAAAGAGAUAUGGCAAAUUAUUUUCGUCGUGGCGGCUUUCGAGGUGCUCGUAGGGGUAGGUUUGCCCCUAAUCCCAAUUUACAAGAUAACUCAGAUCCAUUAUACUUAAUACGUGGGGAAGUGGCAGUCUUAAAAAAAUUAAAUCAUCCGAAUGUUGUAAAGUUGUUUGAGGUUUUAGAUGAUCCUGAAAAUGAUUCUCUAUACAUGGACGAUAUCCUUAAAAUUGUAGACUUUGGUGUAUCCGAAAUAUUUGUUAGGGGAAAUGACAAAACGACAAAAUCAGCAGGAAGUCCAGCAUUCAUGGCACCGGAAUUAUGUAAAGGAAAGGCGGCUGAUAUUUGGUCAAUGGGAGUAACUUUAUAUUGUCUAGUGUUUGGCCGUUUACCAUUCGAAAAAGACAAUAUUUUAGAACUUUAUGAGUCUAUAAAAAAUCACGAUAUUCAAAUCUCUGGAAAUAUAAAUCCUGAUCUAGCUGAUAUUCUUUAUAAGUUGCUUGAAAAAGAUCCAGACAAAAGAAUUACCAUGCAUGAACUUAGGGAACAUCCUUGGGUUACUCUUCGUGGAGCUGAGCCUCUUAUUUCCACUGCAGAAAAUUGUACUGAAAUGGUUACGGAAAUUACUGAUGAUGAAUUAAGUUCUGCUAUUAAACCUAUUAGUAUUAGGAGCUUAGUAACUUUGAUAACUGCUGUUAAGAAGUUUAAACGCUUGUCGCGGACUCAGAAUCAUUACCCAGAGGCAUUAAUACGAAUAAAUGACGAUAAAGAAGCUGUAGCUGCAGAAUAA